AGAGUUAACCCUCCGUUACCGGCAUUACAACAAUUGCUACCGUUUCACACACUCUUUUUAAUUCGUACAAGAAAGAGUAGCGUUCUCUUUAAGGGCUAAGGCUUAUAAAUCGAGAUUUAUCCUUGUGUUUUAAGCAACCUACUCUAUAACAAUGGCCGUUUCACAAUCAUCUGAACUUGCUUGUGUUUAUAGUGCAUUAAUUUUACACGACGAUGAUGUGCCAAUUACUAGUGAAAAGAUCACUAAACUUGUUGCAGCAGCUAAUGUUCAAGUUGAACCCUUUUGGCCAAUUCUUUUUGCCAAGGCGCUAGAAGGACGAAAUAUUGGGGAUCUGAUAUGCAAUGUCGGUUCAGCCCCCGCUGCUGCUGCUGCCCCAGUUGCUGCUGCUCCAGCUCCAGCUGCUGCUGCUAAACCUGCUGCGAAAGAAGAAAAAAAGAAAGAAGAAUCUGAACCAUCAGAUGAUGAUAUGGGAUUCGGUCUCUUCGAUUAGAGUGUUGAUAAUGUGCAGAAUAAAUAACUGUUGCAAUCAA